AUGUCUACAGAUCUCUCUUCUGAACAUGCAGACCUGCAGCCUUCCAGGCCUCAGGGCAUUGGGUACGGCAUCGACGAGCUCAAGCCUAGUGCGGUUCAGUUCGAAACCAUGGAAGAAGGCGGCCCUCAGAAAUUCAAGCUUUCCAAGGCCGGUGGGGAUGUCGCCUUGGCACUCUUCGACAACGUGGGCGAUGUGCACGAACCCAUCGACCCGGAAGAGGAACGUCGACUAGUCCGCAAGGUUGACUGGAUGAUUCUCCCAUACAUUUCAGUCUGCUACGUCUUUUUCUAUAUUGACAAAACCACCCUCUCAUACGCUGCCAUCUUCGGUAUCCAGAGUGAUCUCAAACUCAAGGGCACCGAGUAUAGCUGGCUGUCAUCAAUCUUUUACUUUGGAUUUCUCGUAUGGGCUCUGCCCACAAACUUUAUGCUGCAAAAGUUCCCCAUCGCAAAGUAUCUCGGCCUCAACAUCUUUGCCUGGGGUGCGUUUCUCAUGCUCCAAGCCGCUGCACCCAACUUUGGAGCCUUGGCCGCGCUUCGUGCCAUCAGCGGAGCAGCAGAGGCAUGCGCCGACCCUGCCUUUAUGAUCAUCACCAGCAUGUGGUACACCCGCCGGGAGCAACCCAUCAAAAUAGGCCUCUGGUACACCGCCAACGGCAUCGGCAUCGCCCUCGGCGGCCUCCUAGGCUACGGCAUCGGCAACAUUAAAGGCGUGCUGGCGUCCUGGAAAUACGAGUUCAUCAUCGUCGGCACCUUGUGCUGCGCGUGGGGCAUCGUCAUUGCCGUGUUCCUGCCGGAUAACCCCAUCACGAGCAGCAAGCUUACAAACCGCGAGAAGAAGAUCAUCGUCGAGCGGUUACGCGAGAAUCAGACUGGCGUGGAGAAUAAGACGCUGAAGUUCUAUCAGGUGCGCGAGGCGUUUACGGACUACAAGCUGUACUUUUUCUUCAUGAUUGCCUUGUUGCAGGCGAUUGUGAAUGGGGGGACGUCUAAUUUUGGGACUCUGAUUAUCAAGGGCUUCAAGUUUUCGACAUUGGUCACGGCGGUCCUUCAGAUCCCCUACGGAGCCAUCAUCUUUAUCGCUAUUCUUGCGUGCGUCUUCAUCAACGACAGGCUGCCGCCGAAUAAUCGUUGCUUCGUGCUGGUGCUCUUCUUAUUACCCAACGUCGCUGGGGCGUUUGGUCUCCGCUUUGUGCCUGAUGACCAGCAGGUCGGCAGGCUAAUUUGCUACUAUGUGAGUUUUCGCGAAUGUGAACCUCCUGACGUGCAUCAUUCUGACAAGUCUCCAUUGAAGUUGACCGGCUCCAUCAAUGCCUCUUUCGUACUUCUCCUCUCGCUCCAGACCGCCAACAUCGCCGGACACACCAAAAAGGUCGUCACCUCCGCGUGCCUGUUCCUGGGAUACUGCGUCGGUAACAUCGCGGGUCCCUUCUUCUACAAGUCGGACCAGGCGCCCAAGUAUGAGUUGGGUAUUUGGAGUAUGAUUGUCGCUCACUUGCUCGAGGUUGUGGUUGUGAUUGCCCUGCGGUUUUUGCUCAAGUGGGAGAAUGAUAGACGGGACCGAGUGCAGGGGGAAGUCGCCGAGGUUGAUUUGGAUGCGACGGCGUUUGGAGAUUUGACGGAUCGUGAGAACUUGAACUUUCGGUACAUUUACUGA